AUGCCGUCCGCGUCCCCUGUUAACCCCGACAAACGCGACCCGAACCGAGAGGCUGCCCGCCGCCCGCCCGGCUGGUACCUGGCGUACCAUCGACACGUGAGACCGCGCCUGUGGCUGUGCCCGGUAACGCUGUACGCUGUGUACCUGUGCGGCGCCGUGCGCCUGUCGUGGAAAGCGUCGGACGACUGGUGCUCGGAGCCUCGGUUCCAGGCGCUGGUGACGCUCACCCUGUGCUCGGUCUGGGCGCUGCUGCAGGUGGCGCGGCUCGCAGGUCGUCUUUACCGCAAACGUGGUGCCAGGAUCGAGCAUGCGCUCGACCAGGCCGCCGAACAAGGAUGGGCCGCAGUCUUCUGGUGCGUGCUGUACGCCCUGCUCAUUGGCUGCUUCGUGGUGGACAGCCUGCCUGACAUGCACCGCAUCUGGUCCGCCUUGGGCGUCGGGGCCAUAGUCGCCAUCUGCUACAUCUUCUCGUGCGAGAGGCGCAAGAUUGCUUGGCACGUGGUGCUGUCCGGCAUUGUGCUGCAGUUCGUGCUGGGCACCGUCAUGAUCCGCUCGUCGGUGGGACACGGCGUGGUGACGUGCCUGGGCACAAAGUUGAAGGCGGUGAUCAACUACUCGCGGGUGGGCGCCCAGUUCACGUUCGGCCACGCGGCCACGGGCGUCAUCGGCGAAGCGACGCCGCGGCAACCGCACGUCUUCGCCUUCCACAUCAUGACCAUGACCGUGUUCUUCUCCUUCCUGAUGUCCCUGGUCGCCUUCUACGGCUGUCUGCGCAAACUCAUUCUGUCCAUUGCCACCUCACUUCGCUGGAGCACUGGCGUGUCGCCGUGCGACGCCCUCUGCGUCGCCACAAACAUCGUCGCCGCGCAGAACGACCUGCCGUGGAUCCUGCGCGGCUACGUGGGCGACAUGACGCUGUCCCAGCUGCACACGGCAAUGGCGUCGGGGUUCGGCAGCCUAUCUGCAGCCACAUUCGCAGCCCUUAUCAGCUACGAGGUGGACGUGGCCUCCCUCAUCAGUGCGUGCGUUAUGUCGGCGCCCGCAGUGCUGGUCACCUCCAAGAUGCUUCUGCCAGAAAUCGAGCACCCGGAUGGCGCCUUCGAGUUCCUUCUCAGGCUGAAAAGCAAGUACUACCACAAGAAGUCCAAGCUGAAAAAGCCAUGGGUGAAGGAGAAGUGGAAGGAGCGCAAGCGACUGGCUGCAGUGGCAGAGGCAACUGCGUCUGGUGCCAUAUCAGAGCACAGGGAUGGCAGUGCAGGAGAGGACGGCACUGUUCUGGCCUCUCGUGCAGCCCGCUCUGCCGUGGAUGCUAAGCUCACUUGA